AUGGUCAAACCACAUCCAUCAUUCAUUCUUAUUGCGUUGGUGGGAAUUCUCACUUACCACUUCCUGCUUUCCGCGAAAGAAGGCAACUAUGACAAGUCGCUUCCGCUAUCGUGUGCAGUAUUUGCGGUGAAAAUCUGGACAGCAUAUCAUCAUGCUUCAAUAUUAGAAGGCUAA